AUGAAGCCUCAAUUGAUCUUGCUGCUCAGCCUGGCUCUGGCGAGCAUGGCACUGGCGGCCGAUGCACCAGUCGGAGGAAACGCGCAACAACAAGUCCUCGCGGUUCCCAGCGACCAAGAGGCCACAACACCUUCAGCCAACAAUGACGCCAACAAAAAGAACAGGGAGCAGGAAGAACAGGCCGAGGAGGCUGACCCAUCGCAGUCAUAUGUGUUUGACAUUUCUAAGAAGGCAACCCGCGGAUACGAUAUUGACGGACGACAGGAGGUGGUUAACAUUGGUCCUGGUCUGAGGACGACUGCUGACGGACAGACCCAGUCGCGUUCUGGACCCCGCGGUCGUCAGCGUGGAGCUGUUCUCCCUCACAAGUACAUUGUCAAGUUAAAGAACGGAGCUGAAUUCUCGUCACUGAACCUUCGUUCCAAGAUCGAGGAGCACAAUCGUCUAUCUCGUCUCCCCCCUAAGGGUGACGAGACCGAACGACGUCAGGGCGAGGAGAGUGGUCAAGACGAGAUUCCGAAGGAAGAGUACAUUCCUAACCAAGUUGACCAUGAAUACGACUUUGGGACAUGGAAGGGAUAUGCGGGCCAAUUCUCGGCAGAGUUCUUAAAGGAGCUCGAGUCGCACGAUGAGGUCGAGUAUGUGGAGGAGGACACCAUGAUGUGGGCCUGGGGAUAUGAACCAAAGUCUCAGGCACGCGAUGAGGAUGAGGUGAUUAUAGAGGAGAUUUUUGAAGACCGGGAGGAGGCCCUGGAUCACGCUAUUAAUGCUUCGUUUGGAGACCAGGCGGUGCCUCCGUUCAAGAACGAGACGGGUCGCUUUGAGGCGGAUGCGAUUAUCAAUGGUCGCGGUGUCGGUUUUAAUUACGUCACCGUCAAGGCGCCUAGCUGGGGUCUGUCGCGUAUUGCUCAGAGACACCGGGAUACUCAGAGAGACUACACCUACAUGUCCUCUGCGGGCGCGGAUGUGGAUGUUUACAUUAUCGAUUCUGGUGUCUAUGAAGACCACGCGGAUUUUGGUGGACGUGCUACCACCAUCGCCAAUUUUGUCAAUCGCGAGCCUCGAGGUGACACCUGUGGUCAUGGAACGCAUGUGGCAGGAAUUGUGGCAGGAUACCGGUACGGAGUAGCCAAGCGCGCACGCAUCAACGCAGUCAAAGUCCUCGAUUCCGAAGGCCAGGGCUCCACCUCCCAAGUCCUCGCCGGCAUCAAUUUCGUGAUCCAGCACGCCGUCAACAACCCCAACCCCAAAAAAGUCAUCAACAUGUCCUUGGGCGGAGAAUUCUCUCGAGCUGUUAACGAUGCGGUCCGCCUGGCUGUGACGCGCCAUGGAUUGCCAUUCUUUGUGGCUGCGGGCAACUCGGGUGACGACGCCUGUCAGUACUCGCCUGCGGGUGUGGAAGAGGCGUUUGCGGUGGGUGGAUCGGAUCGGGGGGACAAGAUUGGGUGGUAUAGUUGUACGGGGUCUUGUGUCAAGAUUUUUGCGCCUGGUUCCGGCAUUCCUUCGGAUUGGAUUCAUUCCCGCACCUCUGCACAUAUCCUCGACGGCACCAGCAUGGCAGCCCCUCACGUGACAGGAGUCGCGGCAUUGUUCCUGGGAGCAGGCAGCACCUAUAAUAAUGCCCGAGAGCUGUACUCGGACAUCUUGCGGCAUGCAACCCCCGAUGUGAUUACAGGGACUGCACCCCAGGAUGAUGUCCCUGUUGAAGGGUCUGAUCCCAAGGAGAUUGAGGCCGAGUCGUCAUCCAAGAAGAAGAGUGCCAAAGGUCGUCAAGCCAGCAAGAAGGAUGAUGAUGAUAAGAAGAAGAAGAAGAAUAAGGGUGAUAACCAAAAGUUUGAGGAGGGAAGCCAUGCGCAAAACGGCACGAAAUUCCAGUUCUCGGUUGCUGUGUGCUACUAUGGUGGCCUUCCACAGAAACCACCGCAGCCAACACCUUCCACAACCACAACAUCAACCUCAGCAACACCUGCCUCAGAACCAGUGCAUUGUUUCUGGGCACUGAUGACCUAUGGCGACCUCAAAUUCAUCUACCUCUCCUCUUCCGUCCAACGAGCCGUCUCUGCCAAAUACAAAGAGCUCCUUGGCAAAUCCUUCUUUGAUUAUAUCCAUCCAGACGAGGCCAAAUUAGCCCGGAAGGAUCUGAAUGCCUUUAUGGAUGUUCAUAACCUCUACGGAAGUGUCACUCGGUGUCGAUUCAGAAAUGUAUGUCCGGAAUGGAAGCAGCGCAAGCUUGCACGUCAGCCUGAAUCGCCUGGAUCAGCCUCAGCCUCAGCAGCCGCCCUUCUCGUCGCAGCCAACGAGGGCGGUCUCUCCUCCAGAGGACUCGGACUCAACGGGCUGCAGAGCAACAACAGCGACAGCAGUGCAAAAGGAGAUGACUACAACAGUCAUAAUAACAACAACAGCAGCGGCGGCGAUAGACUGUCAUCCCUCUCCGCAGCGUCAUCAACAGUGCCGGGAUCCCAGCCGGGAAGAGGAGAAGACGGGACAGAGAGCGAGGGCUGCAAGGACUACGAGGAUAUCUUUCUGAAUGGCGAGGAGGACGAGUUCAUGAUCCUGGAUGUAGUCAUGAACGUUGUCAGCGACGAGGUUGUCCUUGGGUUCUUUCACAUCGAUGGUCAGGGUCUCUACAAGGGGUUUUGGUCCAACGGCAUCUGUGGAGAAUCGAAGGAGUCCUUGCCAACCUUGGCCCCCGAGAUUCUUCGGGAUCUGCAAGAGUCACUCAAGACAAGGAACAGCAAGGCUUCAGGAUCGCACGGAUCGCUUUCCGACAAUGGCUCUCCACCGUCUUCCCCACCACGAAAACCGUCCGAUAGCAAAACCAAACGCAUUUUCCAACUCUACGACUCCCUCAAUCGCAAUCUGCUCCUGACUUGGCCCGAGCCAGGUCCCAACUCUCCGGAUGCGGGAACUAUGGCCUACAACCCGGAACUCUAUACCCAAAUUGUCAAGUCCCACCAUAUCCCAUCCGACGCACUCGACAACACGACAUGUCUAAAGCGGUUCUGCUCAAAACAUGCCCUGCCCAGUCUCAGUCCAUCGCACCCGGAGCCGUCCUACCAAGUCGAAUCUGUCUUCAUCCCCUAUGGCCAUAUAAUCUUUGCCUGCUUCCAAACCUCGCCCUCGACUCCCACCAACAACUCUUGGACGGUGACAGGUUCGCCAACGACAUCUAUGGCAGUAACGCAGAGCGGACAGCAGCUUGCGACACCAUCUCCAGGACAACGGCUCUUUGGUUCCACGUUUGAGUCAGGGUCCCCAGCGGAUCACAUCUCAGGACUGGGCUUGCUGUCAUCACCAGGACAGUUGGGAUCGUCACUUUUCGGAAUUAGCGGCACUCAAGGGUCUUCAUCCUCUACGUUGAACUCGCCCUUGAUUAUCCCAUCGCUUCCUUCUGUCUCUCCCUUCCUGAAGCAUGCAGUCGCUGGCCAGAUGACCAUGACCUCAGCCCAGACUCCAAGCCCAUCACCCGCAGGUCCUAUCCGAUCUACCGCAGGCACACACUCUUCGCCAUAUCAUCCUUAUUCUCGGACAGUGGGACUCUCCAGUUCUCUCUCUGGAACGUCGUCACCAAUACCCGAGGCCAUGCAAGAGUCUCUCAGUUUCUUGAACGACUACAAGGCCAGCGGCGAGACGGAAAGAGAGCGGUCAGGAAAGUCGAGUGCUGCUGGUGAAAACCCAUCAAUAUGGCAUGCCUCGACACCUCACCCAGCGAUUGCAGCCAUGGUGGGCCAUGCCCUUGCACCGUCGUCGCCUUCCUUCCAGAGGACAGUCACAGGGGCUGAUAGUAGCCGGGGUUCCCAUUCCCGACAAAAGUCUGGCGGUACUGCUGAGGCACGCCUUCAUUCGAAUUUGGCACCCCCCGAGGACGCUCACAAGUCGGGAAAUGAGAAGGAUGCCAAGGUGCGGAAGCCGAAUGCGUCCCCUCGACACCCAGCACACGAUGCCGCUAUUCGGAAUAAGUCGUUGUCUUCUGGAUCGUCGUCGUCACCACCAUCGUCAUACCAGGAUCUGGAUUCUACAGGGAUAGAGGGAGGGUCUUCGUCGAUGACUGGGCACAAUGGACAUGUGCUUCGAGUUGCACAGGAGGAGAAGGCUUGUGAGAGCUGUGGAACGACCAACUCUCCUGAGUGGAGACGGGGUCAGUCUGGAAAGAAGGAUCUCUGCAACGCUUGUGGUCUUCGGUACUCUAGAAGUGUUGCUCGACAGAAUCGGCAGGCACAGAAGCAGCUCGAAGGGAAGCUGCCCAAGAGCAAGGCGCCAAAGGGUGCUAAAGCUGCCAAGGCGGCUGCUGCUGCUGCUGCUGCCGCCGCCGCCGCUGCCGGUCAGAAGGGUGGCUCUGUUGAACGGGACGGUCUCGAGUCGACGUCGUCUUCUGAGCAUUACAACCAAGGCUACAUGCAGCAGGAUCCUCAACAACAGCAUCAGCAACAUCACCAACAACAUCACCAACACCAGCGGCAACAUCAGGGGUUGGAACUCCCUUACGGCUCUGCGUCCUUUUCGGCUCCUGGUAUUGUAUCUAGUUAUCCAGUUGCUGUCAACCAUUCAACGUUUUAUCACGGACAAUAG